AUGGCGGAUGACGAGAAGAAGGAAGAGAAGGAGGAGAUGGAGGAGGAGGAGUCAGCCAAAGGCGACGAAUCCGAUUAUUUAAUUCCGGGAAUACCCGACGAAUCCUUGGGUUCCUUGAACACGAUCCAGUCGCCUAUCGCGUCCAAGGCUUCCAAGAUCGAGUCUUAUAUUUCAGGAGUAAAAGAAAAUCUGUCUACGAGAGGAUCGAGCGGGAGAGAAUCGUUGCGAGGAAGUCAGGCCAGAGAUCGGAGCUCUGAAAAUGGUAAGGUGCGCCAAGAAGCUUUGGAGGAGUCAUCCAAGAGCGAAGAGGAUAUCGGUAAGACCGAACAAAUACCGUUGAACGGUAAAAAGAGCUCGCUGGAUAAAUUGGAACAAGUUCGGGAGCCUAGAAUCGGGAGACUGCAACGUCAAUGUCAGCGUCGUUUCCGCGAGAUAAUCGGCAAACGCGAGAUGAAGAACGAAGAGCUGGAGAAGCAGCAAGGCAACCUGAAACAGCGACUCAACAUACUGGAAUGUUCGAUGCCCGCGGUGAUGGUGUGGAAUAUCUGGCGAAUGACGCAGGGCGGCUCCGUUCCGAACCUUGGUCGAGUCCUCGAGAAACAGUUCCAGGGAGCCGCUUCGGGAGAGGUGUACUGUCCGAGCAGCCCCAGUCGUCACUUUGAUUGCAGGGUCAGAGAGGUCGAGGCUGAGAGGAAACAGGCGCAGAAAAGGCUGGAAGAGGCGCGAACGCUUUGGCUCGAGAAGAUGGCCACUCUGGAGGACCGAGAGAAAAUGCUGGAGGAGGCCAGGAAACUCGAAAAGGAGCAAAAGGAGAGGAUCGAACAACUUGCCGUCGAGGCUCGGAAGCUAAGGGAAGCCAAAAGCGCCGUGGAAGACGAGGGAUCCUGCCAAGCUGGAGAAUGCGGGGUCAUCGAAUGUAAGAAAAAAUGGUUAGAUAAAGUACCAAGCAACGCUUCCAUAAAAUCGAGCGACAUCGAGUGCUUGGAGAAGCUGCAGGAACUAGCGGAGGCCGAGUUGAAUAUGAAAAGGCAGAUCGCCGACUUGGAGCGUCGAGAGGAGGACUACAUGAGAACACUCCAGCAAGCGGACGAGCUCUGGUCGAAGCUCGAGGGUGACGCGGCCAGCACGUUGAGCGGUUUGCAGGAGCAAUUGGACACAAAGACGGCUGCGAAUCAAGAAAUGGCUGAUCGUAUUUGCCAGCUGGAAGACGAGCUCGAAAAGCUCAGGACGCGAAUGGCCUCGUGCAGAUCCGAACUAGAAAAGUUCCUAAGUAUCGGAAAGAUCGAGACUCUGAUUGGCAGGGAUGACGACUUUGCGGACGUUACGGAUGGGACAACCUCGUUUGGAAUCGUAACUAAGCACGAAACGAUCGGUAGAGACGACGACUUUGCGGACGUCGAUGAAAAGGACGUCUCGAUCAUGAGAGAAAUGGCAGAGAAGGACACGCUGGCUCGACCGGAUAUGCACGAAGCUGGCCUGGCCAUUCAUCCGGACGACUUGAUUCGUGAGAACCAAAGACUGAUGGAAGCCGCGGAUUACCUGGCUCGAUUGGGUUCCCUUUCAGCGUUGGACGCCGACGAUGAUUACAUCUGUCCUCCGGACUUUGACUGCAACGACCUACAGCUCACGGAAACUGGUUUAACCGAGGAGGAGUUGAUCGCUUUUAAGGAAAACCGUGUCACGGCGAAGGAGCUGCUCGAGAAAGACACUGCCAGAAGAAAAGAAGCCGAAACGACGCCGACGCCGACGCCAACGCCUACGGAACGAGCGGAACAGAGAGGAUACGGAACGGCACCAGAGGCUAUAGGAGCACAGGAUCGAGUGUCGUCUAUACGAGAACAAGACGUUGACGUUGACGUUGACGUUGACGUUGACAUUGGCAUUGACGUUGACGUUGACGUUGGCGUUGGCGUUGUGGAGACUACAGGAACAAAAGUUGAAGCUUCGAUGGAACGAAAAGUCGCGGAGGAAUUCGAGACGGAAAGUCGCUACGAAAGGAUGCCUCCCAAAGAUGAUUCUAAAGACGAAACGAUAGGAGAAGAUAUCGUCGAGGCUGAUGCCGCGUUAAGUUUUGCCGAUAGGGUAGACGGACUCGUCGAACAGACCGAUCGUUUUUGGGACCAUGACAAAAUUCUCGUCUCGAAGAAUGACAUGUUAACAUGGCAGAACAAUGUCUUUGUAAUCCGUCAAACGAUUACUAAAUGUCCAGAGUGUCGUAUAGCGACGAAGGAUGCCGAUAAUUUGGCCGAGAUGCUGGCGCGAUAUAUUGGCACGGAAGCGAAGGAAGCAGCGAAGGAGGUUGCAUCCAUAGAAAAAGAGGUAAAAGUCGAAGAGGAAAUGGCUCGAGAAGAACCCGCAGAAAUUGAAGCAAAAGUCGCGCCAGAGGAUGAGACGGUGACAGAAAUUGAGGAAGUCGAGGUAAAAGUAGCAACGGUGGUGGUGGGGGAGGAGGAGGAGGAGGUGACUGUAACAGCAGAACAAGAUGCCGAGUUAGUACCCGCGAUCCAAGUUACGGAUGAAAAAAGAGAAGAAAUCGAAACACCGAUAAUACCAGACAUUGAUGUAAAAUCGCCUGCUGAGACGAAAAUUGACGAGUAUCCGCCAGAGUCGGCCACGACACCGUCAGCAAAAGUCGUAAGCGAGCCAGCCGAUCGCGUCGCCGUACCCAAAGUUCCGGAUAGAUUCGACCGAACAGAAUCUCCGUUACGAUUAGACGAAGAGCAACAGGAAGAGAAAGAAACGCCAACGGAAAAACUUGAAGCGGAAAUUGUUGCUGAUACGCAUCGACCAUUAGUACCAGACGAACUAGAACUAACCGAAGCUAAACAAGUAGAAAUAAUACCAAAAGAGCAAGAGGUACGAGUAGAGAGGUCAGCGAUGAAAGAAGACGGGGCAAAAGUACUACCGCCGAAGGAAGAGAAAGAAGAAGACCAGAUAGAUGUAGCGUCGAUAGAAUUAGAAAAGGAAAAAGACGCGCCUUCCGAGAAAGAAGAAGAGACAGAAGCGGAUAUAAAAACAAAGGAUCAAGUAUCGGUACCCGAAGUAGAGGAAUUGAAAGUUGGAGUCAAGGAGAUGCCAAAAAAAGAAGAAAUACCAGAAAAAGAAAAAGUAAAAGAUGAUGUUGGCGUAAUCCCAGAAGAAGAAAUAUCAGAAGGAAAGCAAGUACAAGUUGAAGUUAAGAUAAUACCAGAAGCAGAAAUACCGGAAGAAGAGAAAGUAAAAGUUGAAGUCGAGCUAAUACCAGAAGCAGAACGAAUACCAGAAGAAGAAGAAAUACUGGAAGGAGAGCAAGUAGAGGUUGAUACAAUCAUCGUACCAGAAGAAAAAGAAGAAAUAAAAGUUGAAGAAAUUCUAGAACCGGAAGAAAAAGAAGUCGAACUCGAAGCAGAAGCACUGGCAGGGGCAAAAAUAGAUAUAGAAGGCGAACAAAUAAUACCAGAAGAAAAAGAAAUAAUCGUCGAGGUAAAAGUAAGGGAAGAAGAAACGGAGGAAACACCAGACGAACAACUAGAGGCGAAGAUACAAGUACUACCAGAGGAAGUGGAGGAAGCUAAAUUAGGAGAAGAAAUUGAGCAGGAGAUGGAUCAAGUUCUCGAAAAAGAAGCGGUCGAAAUAUUAUCGAAAGAAGAACCAUCUUCGCCCAAAGACCGAGAGGAAUCGGUUGUAAAAGUGCCAGAUGCGAUUGCAUCUGUUGAAAUUGCAGCCAGCGAAAUGGAAGAGAUUUCACUUGCUUGCGUGUGCGAAGAAACACCUAGCGUUCCAUCGACAACUUUUACGAUGGAAGUGCAAGAGGAACAGGAAGAAGAAGAAACGUCGCUUCCGUGUGUAUGCGAAGAUCCGUCUAGCACUUUGCCAGAAACUCAUCCUCCGGUCCAAGUGGAAGAUAUGUCUUCUAUUUGCGUAUGCGAAGAAUCGCUGAAAAUUUCACAGGAUACCCAUGCCGUGGAAAGCCUUUUCCAGCCCGAUCAAAAAUAUACUCCAUCUCCGUGCACGUGUAUAUCGGGAACCGUGACGACUCCGUAUCCAUCGGUGGAGCCAAUCGUGAAAAUGGAGAUGACUCAAACGGAGAUUACUCGGAUGGAGAUGUCCAAGACUAGGAUGCAAACGAUAACGCAAACAGUGUCCGAUAUCGGGACGCAAACGUGGACACAGACGCAAACGCAGACACAGUCGCUGUCGCUGUCGCUGUCGCUGUUGGGAGAGAGGAUGACGAGACGCGGUCAUCAGACUAAAAUCAUAACCGGUACGAGAAGAGUCGAUCCAGAAGCAGAAAUCAUGGAGGUACCGACUCGAUGGAAGAAGGUUUCGAAAGAGUCAUCGAUGAUUAGGAAUAACAGCGGUUCCCAGACAGAGAAAUCGAGUUUCCUUCGUAUCCUUCGAUCUCUCAAGUCCAGCGUAGCCUAUUCCAAGUACGAGCACGAACAGGAACUUGGAUCUAUUCGGUACGGUAAAAGAUCGGAAGAAGCCGAGGCCGAGGGGGUAUGCGAUUGCUGCAUGUGCGGUAAGAUGGUUCCCAGUGCAUUACCGAGCCCAAAGUCCCCAUCAGUGGAAUACCAAUCGUCCGUGAUCAGAUUCCUCUCGGCGCUGCCUACGUCGAACAAGCCUGAACCACCUGGAAUCGACCAAGCGGUGCAGCACGAGUCGAUGUGCCCUGUCUGCAAGAUUAAAAGACUCCAGAUGUCUUUGCGAUCUCAGGAUUCAUCGAAACAACAACUAGUUGUACCCGCGAUCGCUAAGAAACUUACGCGCGAUCAACAAGUCAGCGUCUGUGGGCAUUCGACGAGAACACCGCCUCGCACCACGUUCAACCAAAAAACCGAUCAAAGUUGCAUGGUAAAGAUUUCGAAAAUCAAGCUCGAACGAACCAGGAGAAUAGACUUGUUCGUCGAAACUGACGUUGCGGGAAAGGAUGCGCGGCAAAGGAUGAUGGCACCGCCAGAACAAGUUGAACAAGAAGACAAAGAGGAAUCAAAGGAAGAAGGCCAGUUGGAGGAGAAAGCCUCGAUAGACUGUCUUUGCAGCGAGUCGAUCGAAACGGAAUCCGGAUUGGUAAAGAGAGUGCGGUGUGCUUGCGGUGAUCCUGAUUGA